GAAAGCAUGUUGUGUUCAAGAAUAGUACUUCGCCCAUAAUAACGAUAAUAAGAUAAUUUUGCACAAAGUAAACCGUUUACACAGUGCAUUCUGGAAUAACUAAUUAGCGAAAUCACAAGUGGCAUUAAUCCUUUUUUCCAAUGCGAUUUAUGAGCAAUCGUCUGUGAGAUAAUCUACACCAGCCAUCACUGUUUACAUUUCUGGGAGUUUUGAAAGAACCACUGCGAAAAGCGACCCUCUGCCUCAUCAAUGCUGUAUGAAUCACAGUGUGUACUUCUUACAAUAAUCUGGCGCUUAUUCACAAACAGCACGUGUUGAACGUGUUUUUGUGUUCAUUUUUUCUUUUCUUUCAAAAUGGAGGAUAUAUUAUGCGGUACCAUACUUAUCCCGUUCGACAGACGUGUGUAUAUAAUAUCUAUCCCGUAAUGUUUACACUUCGUGAGUUGGAUGAUAAAAACUAAACACUAGUGCCAUAGAAAACCUGUUUAUCCUUAGCUGACCAGGCACCGCGCGGACCGAGGGGCGAUGAUUGAUGUUUCCCUGGGAUCUGCCCUAAGUCGGACCCGGACGUACGGCAUGGCGCCGAUGUCCGCCAAACAAAACGGCGCACACGCAGACACGAGUCCGGAGAUACAGCCGUGUCCGGGCCGCGUCCCAGAAACGUUCACUAUGGCGUCCAGUAAAGAUGGUUCGUCAUCGGAUGGUCCAAGAAGAUGCACGCCACUGUUUGCCCUCAAAGUGACAGCCUUCGUCUCUUGUGUUCUCUGUGUACUUUUCAUCGCCGUAAUCAUCGCUCUGGCUGUCAUCAAAUUAGAGAGACCAACUUGUUCCCCGGGGUACAGCGUGAUUCCUCGUGACUUGGAAAAUCCGCGAGUGUUUGAUGGACUGACCCCUCGGGAGUAUAUUUCAGCACGUGACUACCUCCUCAAUGUGAAAUCAUUAAACCUAGUGCCGUUCUCGCAGGCAUCCAUCAACAGUUCUUAUAUCUACAUGAUCGACCACCUCAUGCCCUUAAAGGACACAGUCUUAACAUUCUUACAAGGAAUAAGUAAACAGCCUGAACGGACGGCGAAGGCGAUCAUCAUUCGAGGGGAUAUGACACCGCCUAGGGUGGAGGAAUACAUUGUUGGACCGUUGCCGUACCCCACCUACCACAAACUAGUGACCAAUCCGUCCUUUACUAAAUCCAGAAUUCCGUACAGUGCCAAACCCGUUGACAAAAUAGAAUAUGAUGUCUUAUACUCAAUGCUUUAUAAUAUAUCUGUCGAUUUGUAUCCGUUGAUGUACGGGAGUUAUAAAUUGUCGUAUCAUAAUUGUACCAAAGGCGUGGACUGCUUACUAUGGUGGGAUAUAGCCCCCAGAGGACGCGUUAGCGGGGAACGCAAGACAUGGUUCUGGUCGUUUCGAGACGUUGAGGGCUUUUACCUGCACCCGCUGGGCCUAGAGAUCCAGAUAGAUCAUGAAUCGACCCAUGUCAAAGAAUGGAAAGUGACCAAAAUAGUGUAUAACGGACAGCAGUUCUAUGAGGUGGACGACCUCGUCACGCGGUAUGGCGGCGUCAACCUUCUACGUAAGAUAAACUAUGAACCCCUGGGUGCUAAAGAAUACCUGUACUCGUCGUAUAACCGCCGUGGAAAAAGUGAGAUGCCCGACCCUCUACAGGGUCCCAAGCUUGUGGAGCCCGACGGGCGACGGUACCGAGUAGAUGGGCAACAUGUCUCCUAUAUGCAUUGGGACUUUGAUUUUAAAAUGAGGCCGUCGACUGGGCUUCAAGUUUUUGAUGUGCGAUUUCAAGAGGAAAGAAUAGCAUAUGAGAUAUCGCUACAGGACGCCGUAGUGUUCUAUUCAGGGUACGGCCCCGUUCAAGGGACAAGCAUGUACUUCGACGCCUCUUGGAUGAUGGGCGCGACUUGUAAUGAACUGGUUCCGGGCGUUGAUUGCCCGGAAACAGCGGUGUUCCUUGACGCCGACUUCUUGACCAAUACACAGGAUCCCUGGAGGAUUAAGAACUCUGUUUGUAUCUUCGAGAAUACCGGAAACAUACCACUGCGACGUCAUUACACCAACUUUCCCGGGGGAUACUCGGGAUAUGCCGGUUUGGUGGACUACCAUCUCAUUGUACGGACCAUUACCAAUAUCUGGAAUUACGAUUACAUCUUUGACUACAUUUUUCAUCAGAACGGCGCUGUACAGGUAAGAGUGUCCGCCACAGGUUAUGUUCAAGCUACUUACGCCCUGUAUGGAGAGAGGAAAUUUGGGUAUCCUAUUUACAAUGACGUAGUGGCUAAUAUUCACCAGCAUCUGUUCAACUACAAAGUCGAUCUUGAUAUAAACGGUGUUCAGAAUAGCUACGCUACACUCGAUGUAUCUACACAUAGAACGGAAGUGGCCUGGUCUAAAGGAGUUCACAAAACAGAAAUGGUGUUCGAGAAAAAUAUUCAAGAGAACGAGUUGGACGCUGGUCCUGGACAACUCAACAACACGAAACCAAAGUAUGACGUCAUCCUAAACAUGGAUGCCACCAGCAAAUUUAAGUCGGAACGUGGCUAUCGAAUUCUCAAUCAUGGAAUAUCUAAGUUUAUUUUACAAGAGAACGAAGCCACGAAAGCGGCAAACUGGGCGAAAUACCCACUGGCCGUUACAAAAUACCACGACUUUGAAGACACCAGUAGUUCUAUAUACGCUCAAAACGACCCCUGGGACCCACUGUUGGAUUUCGAUAAGUUUAUACAAAAUAACGACUCCAUUGUGAACACUGAUAUUGUAGCAUGGGUAACAAUGGGUCUGUUACACAUCCCCCAUACGGAGGAUGUCCCAUCAACCACCACGACCGGAAGUCAGGUGACUUUUUAUCUACUUCCUUUCAACUAUUUUACGGAGUGUCCUAGUGUUUCAUCGCCAAACACUGUAAAGAUAACUCCAAAACGUGAAGGGGGAAUUAACCUGAACACACAUGGAACUUCCUUUGAAUCAACUUGUGUUCAGAAAUCAAACGGACCCGACAAGUACGAUGGCCGCUUACAUGACGUAGAACUAUGACGUCUGUGAUAUUGAUUAGGAUAUUCCAAUUAUAAUAUUUGUAUUUAUAUAAUAUAUAAACUACAUUUUAUAGAUAUAUAUGAAUGACUGUUUUAUAAUUCAUUAUAAUAAUGAAAAUUUAAACAUAAA